GCAUUGAUAAACCUUCCAUUUUUUUGUUUAGAUUUCUUUGGUUGUGGUGUGAACUUUUCUUUCCAUGGCUACUCCUGUAGACCAGGGAGCUUUGCUACUGAAAAGGCAGCUAAUUGAUUUGCAGAAAAAGCCAGUUGAAGGUUUCUCAGCAGGGCUUAUAGAUGAUGAUGACAUCUAUAGAUGGGAAGUUUUAAUUAUGGGACCUCAGGAUACUCCCUAUGAAGAUGGCUUUUUCAAAGCGCACCUGACAUUCCCAAAGGAAUACCCUCAGAAGCCUCCACUGUUAAAGUUUGUGUCAGAAAUAUGGCACCCAAAUAUUGAUGAAAAUGGCGAAGUCUGCAUAUCAAUACUACAUGAGCCAGGGGAAGACAAAUAUGGUUAUGAAAGACCCGAAGAGAGAUGGUUACCAAUUCAUACACAGACCCUAACGUCGAAUCUCCUGCUAAUGUGGAUGCUGCAAAAGACUUUAGAGACGACAAACCUCAAUUCACAAAAAGAGUUACCCGGUGUGUGAAAAAAAGUCAAGAAAAUUUGUGAGGUGGGGUUAACUUAUUCCAAAAUAUGCAAGUCCAAGCUGAAGAAAUGCAGCAAUAAUAGAUGCAUUUAUUUAUCAAGCCUGAAAAUAAAAUCUGAACAAUGAAGGACUUGUUAUAUGCAUCAAGCUUGGGAUAUAUUUGUUUCACUGGAGCUUGCAUACGACAUAUUGACACCCCUAUGUCAUCAAAUGGACUGGUCUAUUAUCAAAGAAUGGAAUAAUCCAUAUGAUGUUAUAGGGGUGUUAUACAUUGCAUUAUGGAAACUGGUCAUUCAUUGACCAUAAAAAAUAGUUGACAUAUUUGGUGCAUUGAUAUUUUUUU